GAAAAGAGAAUGCGGUGACGUAGUAGCCUCAUGUCAUGAGCGGCAGGGCACAGCUGAUCGAGUGAUAACGAGGCGGUGUGACACAGGGACUGUCUGCGUCGAAGUAACUAACAACGACGGUAGCAAGACAAAGAUAAUUAAUGAGAAGUGAGGAUGAAACGAACAUGACCAGCACCGAUGGCCUCUCUAAAUGCGAGGCGACCCGGCGGGAGACGAGGAGACGGGCACCUGCCGAGAUGCUUCACCUUAUGUUCGCCGUCAUUGUGUGGCUCGUGACGGGUACUACCAUCUCCAGUCUUAACAAAUGGAUUUUUGCCGUGUAUAAUUUUAAGUAUCCGUUACUACUGUCUGCUCUCCACAUGCUGACAGCUAUAGUGGUGGACUAUGGUCUUAUAAAACUACGAGUAAUCCGACACAAAGGGGCUGGCGAGCAGGACUUGACCACCAGUGCCAAAUGCAAGGUUUUCCUAUUGAGCUUGACGUUUUGUGCUAGCAUUGCUUUUGGUAAUGUGGGUCUGAACUAUGUCCAGCUGUCCUUUGCUCAAAUGAUCUACACCACCACGCCAAUCUUUACCCUUGCCAUUUCCACUCUAAUCUUGGGAAAGCAACACCAUAUUCUCAAGUACACGGCUAUGAUGCCCAUCUGUCUUGGAGCCUCCUUCAGUAUCAUGGGUGAGGUCCAGUUUGACCAGAUUGGCUGCUUCUUUGUAUUUGCCGCUACCAUGCUGAGAGGAGUCAAAACCAUCCAGCAAAGCAUCCUUCUCCAGGAAGAGAAGAUUAAUUCUGUGUUCCUUCUCUACUUGAUGUCCAUCCCCAGCUUCCUCAUCCUGGCUGUGGCCGCCCUGACCUUGGAGAACUGGGCAAUGCUAGAAUCUCCACUGCACUAUGACUGCCACCUGUGGCUCUUUAUCCUGCUCAGCUGCCUGGGCUCUGUCAUGUACAACCUCGCCAGCUGCUGUGUCAUCACACUGACCUCCGCCGUCACCCUGCACAUUUUGGGGAACCUGAGCGUGGUAGGGAACCUGCUAUUGUCACAACUUCUCUUCGGCAGUGAGCUGUCGGCACUCAGCUGUGCCGGUGUGGUGCUCACGCUCUCUGGCAUGCUCAUCUACCAGAACUCUGAGUUCAUCGCCAGCUACCUGGAUGCAUGGGGGACCAAAACCAAGAUGGCAGGUGAGACAACAGAGGCCAGCAAUACUGUGGGCGGCGUAGUGGACCGAAACAGCGAAGGGUUGGCGGACCCUGUCCCGCAAGAUCUGCCAGAGAGGAUAGAUGGAAAGAGGUUGGACAAGAUUGACUGAAAGAAGGGAGAGAGUGAUUCAGAGAAUGAGACUGUUGACACUUAUCCUGAAUAAAGGGAAUAUGUGUCAGGUCAGCCUGGACUGUGGAGAGGAUCAAGAUAUGGUCUGGGACAUGAGUGCAUUGUCUCUGGUGAUGUGACCGAACCUGUUGUGGUUUGGUCUGUUUUUUGCCUCUUCUCUGUGCCAAGUUAGUUACCUCAGCCAGGGUCUCUUUAGAAUGACGGAGGGGUCUGAAUGAUGGAGAAAACAGAUGCCUUUAAAGAAUGUGACAGUUUAAAUCCUAUCCUUUACCAAUACAUGCACAUACAUACAGUACAAAGCCUCUACUGAAAAAUGCAUGCAUGAGCAUACAAACAAUUUGAUACCUCCUGAGAUCACGCACUAUCACUCACAAUACUCCACUGUGAAAAUGUUCUAAUUUUGAGGGUGCUUAGUGAGAUGGCUGGUGUGGCUGUAACAAACAGCUUAUGCUAUGGAUAGCCCACGUCUUGGACAGGACAGGGAGCAUCCUCCUAAAAUAUAGAUGGGCACAAAUGGAAAAAAGAAAAUUCUAGUUACUGUUACCUAACCCUCCCCUGGUCUAGUUAUCAGAGGAUAAGGGUAUUUCUGGCAGCUUUUUGUGGGGUGGACUGAGGUUAAUUGUUUUUUUAAAUGGGUAUGCUGUAUUUGUUUCUAUAGAGUAAUAGCUCUUGUCUAGAUGACAUGUACAAGGACUGGGAGAUAUGAGCAAAAUAUAUUUAAAAAAAUGCCAUAGAAGCCGUUAAUUCAGUUUUGUAGGAAGACACUGCUUUGUCCUGUCUAAGGUAGUCCAUGACCUUUUCCUUUGAUCAGAAAAUUAUUCACAAUUUAGGAUCUUUGAUUUAGUCUCUCGACUGAGCUUAGUUACCUCCUCUUCUAUGUAAAAUGGUGCACACUGCAGCAUACCUCUAUUAAUAUAGUCCUCUCUAAGGAGUCUCACUCAUAUUUAGCAUGGCCUUUUCCCCAUGGAAAAGAUCAGAAAAUUGAUUUAGCCUUCUUCCUCAAUGUCUUUAGUUUACACAGUGGAACUGACUCGCCCUGUCCCCCAUUCAACAGGGUGCUGCAUUUUGUCUCUGUUAAAUAGUUUUUUUAUAGUAGACCUGCUGGACAGUGCUAUUUUAACUCCAUGUAUGUUUAGUGGUUAAGUUUUUUAUAUAUUGCAAAAGUUUUCGAAGAUUUAUUUUAUUUGGUCAAAUUAAUAUUUAUUUAAUCAUUUGUGAGGGGAGGGGGUGAACUUAAUUAUUUUCUUUUUUUUAUAGAAAGAAGGGUAUAAUUGUCACCAUUAGGGAUGCUCAUAAUUAACCGUGUAACCGUUAGCCGACAGUACGAAUGUUUACCGGUUAAUACUACUGGUUAAACAGUGUUACCAAUCUAGCAACAAUGUCUUUUCACUUUCAGCAACUUUUCACUUUCCCUAGUGACAAAAAAAGUUGAAUCGAGCAACUUUCUGCUCCUUUGGCAAUCUCAGUAUUUGUUGAGCAGCAGCAGAAUAACUAAUUGUACUUCCAUGUUAUAGCCAUGCUGUUUUGUCAAUCUGUUGUUGUUUAUGCUGCUGCUAUAGCUUAGCUAUGCUACUAUUUAAUUAAUCAAUCCCUUAUGGGGGUAAAAAAAACAUUUGUUGUAUUGUUUUUUUAGAUUUUAUGGGUCACAGACACUCCAUUCUAUAUUUUUUGUCCACGGUUAAUGGUCCACGGUUAAUGGUCGUUAACGAGCAUCGGUUAUCGGUCAAAUUUGUAUUUUCUAAAUGAGCAGCCCUAGUGACGAACCAUAAUUCAAAUUAAUGACAGUAAAAGUCAAUUGAUCUAUUUACAUUUACAUUUAUUCUUUUAGCAGACACUUUUAUCCAAAGCGACUUCCAAGAGAGAGCUUUACAAAAGUGCAUAGGUCCCUGAUCAUAACGAGAUAGCCCCAAAACAUUGCGGGUAGCCAAAACAUGAAGCAUACAUUGUGAAAAGCAAAUAAGUGCAAAUGGGAAGAACCAUAAGAGCAUGUAGUUAAACAAGUUACAAUUAAACAACAUGAACCUCAAAAAGUGCAAGAGUGUACCUGUAGAAAAAGCAAGCAACAAUAAUAUAAUUCACAGCGAGUACAAGAAGUUAAAUGAGUUACAACUAACCAACAAGAGCAACAAGUCCCUCAAUAAGAGUCAUUGUGUUCCUGGAGGAAACUAACAUCAGGUCCAGCAAAUCAUUCCUAAGUACCGUUGUACUCCCGGAACAAGUCCGUCUUAAGCCUUUUCUUGAAGGUUGGGAGACAGUCAGUGUCUCUGAUGGAGGUGGGGAGGUGAUUCCACCAUUGGGGGGCCAGACAGGAGAAGAGCUUGGGUUGGGAGCAGGUGCUCUUGAGAGGUGUCAGUCUUGAGAGGUGGACAGUUGUCAGAAGAAGACCGUAGGUGGCGGAUGGGGGUGUAAGGCUAGAGGAAAGACUUGGAUGUAGUCGGGUGCAGUCCCGUUCACCGCUCGGAAGGUAAGUACCAGGGUCUUGAAUCUGAUACGGGCCAUGAUGGGAAGCCAGUGGAGGAAGAUGAGAAGUGGGGUAACAUGGGAGCGUCUGGGUAGAUUGAAGACCAGGCGGGCUGCUGUGUUCUGAUUCCUCUGGAGAGGGCGGGUUGCGCAUGCUGGGAGACCGGCGAGCAGCGAGUUGCAGUAGUCCAACUUGGAGAGGACAAGUGCUUGGACAAGCAGCUGGGUGGAAUGCACAGACAGGUAUCUCCUGAUCUUCCGGAUGUUGUAGAGGGUGAAUCUACACGACCGGCAGUGGUAGAUAAUGUGGUAGAUCCAUGGUAACCUCAAGGUUACCAUGGAUCUACCACAUUAUCUAAGUGUCUGCUAUCUAUCUACUAUUGCUCCCAACUGGAAGAAAGGGAAACAAUUUUCCGCUGUCACUGUCUGCAGGUCAGGUUAUACAACUGUCCAGCCCAGGUGUGGGAUUGCAUGCAAGACUUCCCAAAGGAACUUAUGUUAGUGGAAGUCUUUAAUCUUCCCUGCUUACUCAAAGGGCCUAUACAGGUGCCAAACAGUGUUCGCUGAGAGCAUCUGAUAAGGAUCCAAUCUCUCACAUUACAAUAGGUCUUGUUCUCUCUGUCGCUCACACACAGCUUCAAUCGUUAAAGCUUCAAUGUCAGAAUCUGACUAACCAGGUUUAUUUGAGAUUCAUUUAAUUACUACAACCUGCCAUGUUUUCUGUAUUGUGCCACAAGCACAGCAGUAAGCACAGUAGGAUGUGCUGCCAAAUGAGUGGAAUGGCAAUAAAAUAAUUUGUUGCCAGUACCAAGAACUUUUCUACAAUUUACACAAGAAUUCUAAAGAAGUGUGUUGGAGUUAUUAGUUGAAUACCUCAGUUGACAAGGCCUUCAAAGCCCAAUUGUAAAAAAAUAAAAAAAAUGGAUUGAGUAAGCUGCUAAAGAUCAAGCAGCUUUUUGUGCUGUCUACCCACAAACAAGGUGUGCACUAGUCCCUUCAAGAGUUGAAUUCUAGUGAAUGAUCUCAAAAGCUUAAUUUGAAUCGAUCAUGGAUUGUUCUAACAAUGCUUUUUAUUUACAGGGACCAGUUCCGCAUCAAGUUUUGGUUGGUUAGACUGAGUGACCGUUGUUGGGCACAUAGUUGAGGGUGGUGGAACGACGCUCUUCUUGCACUGAGUUACGUAAAUGCUGCCUUUCAGUCAUAUUGGCCCCUAUAUACAGUUUUUGUUGUCUGCAAAGUCAGGUGUAAAUUAUUAUUUUAUUAUAUUUGUCUUUUACAAUCAUGGAAGGCUUGCUUAAAUAUAUUGGUUCAAGAACUCAUGUUUCCUGUUUUAUCUCAAAAUGAAGAACAAACUGAAUAUUUUCAUGUAUACACAUGGACAGAAUAAGCAAAUCAAAGAGUACAACGAUCCAUCUCAACGUUGCUAGAAUAUUAGUGCUAUUUUUAUUUGUAUGUCCUGUGAAGCCUGAUUGUGAACUGACUGAAUUAACUGUCAAAAAUAUAUUCGCUUUUUCUUACCACUAGGUUGAGCCAUUACUCCAACUCCAUGUUUGACCUCGAAAUGCACCAGUCUUAACUUUGUAGCAAAUAUUAACUCGAUGACAA